CCCCCACCCCGCCGCCUGCCCUACCACUACUACGAGCCCAAGGGCCCCGACGAGUGCACGACCUACAUCCACAACGAGCGGAGCCGCCGCGGCAACCACCACCGCUUCAUCACCGAGAAAAGGGUCUUUGCCAGCUGGGCCGGCCUCUACAACAUCACCUUCUCCCACCCCUCCUGGACCUAGGGGCUGCCCCACGCCUGCUGGGCAGCUGGGGGUGGAUGGAUGGGGGUCCCCUGCAUCCCCCUGGCAGUGGUGGCAUCAGGCGCCACAGGACCGCUGCUGUUGUGCAUGGUGGCUCCUGGCACCUGGGAUGAGUUGGGUUUUGAGCUGUGUUUUGGGGAUCUGGUGGUGAAUGUAAGAUUUGGGGUGUCCCCUGAGCUGGGUUUUGGGGAUCAGGCGGUGAAUGUAAAACUUGGAGUGUCGCCCCUCCCUGUGCAGGAUACUUGGGGGUGAUAUCCUGCCCCAUCCUGGUCCAUGCACAUUGCAGCCCCUGUGAGGCUCUAAGGGGGUUCCAGGUCCCCUCGGCUCAGUUUUGGUUUGCAAAGCUUCUGGGGUCAUCACAGAGACUUUCCCCCAACUGUCUGGGUGAGGAGACUCCUCUUGGAGCUCAGCCCCCCCCACCAUCCCCAGCCUCUCAUUCCAGCCCUCAGUCAUCCUUCCCACAGCAGAACCCCACAGUUUUUGGUGGGACCCCACAGGGGUGACAUUACCACCCUCCCUGUCCCAGCACCCCAAAACCACCAGCCCCUCCCAGCACCGCUGUGCCCCACACUGCCAAAACCUUUUCGAACUGAAAGAUGGGAUUUUUGGGAGCUUUUUGGAGGUUUUGGCUUUUUUUCUCCCCACUUCUAAUCCUGGGGUCUCUGCUUGGGUUUCCUGGAUGAAGGAGUGAGCAGGGGCUGCUCAUUAGUGGAAACAAAGAGUCAGCAGCUGCUUAUAAACAACUUAGAAGUGGGCAGGUAGUGGGGGGCAGUGGUGCCUCUUGGCACCCUGUGUCUGGGACAGGACUUUGUCCCUAAUUUCUCAGCAGCAGAGAAGCUGAUCUGGGGAAAGCACCUAAAUAUGGCAUGUUUGGGUGCUGUGCCUUGGCAGGAAUCCAUUCUCAGUUUCCCUCUGGCUGUGGUUUUGGGGGGCUCAGUGCUGGGGGAAGCAGUGGGGCACCCAUGUUUUGUAAUUGUUUGUACAGGAAUAAAUAUUGCUGCAGUCUGGUACCUUGA